GUAAUUAAAAAACGUGAAUGUUUUCAGGCGCGAAAAGAUUUCUUAAAUCGGUCUGCUAGUUUAUAAGAUUAAGCCAUUCAAACAGACAAACAAACAGGCUGUGUUUUUGGGUUUAUUUUUAAAGUCAAAGACAAUAUAUUUAUUGUAAGGGGAAGAACGACAACAAACAUCAAGUCGACCUCAACUGUGUGUGUGUAACGGACGAGGCUCUGGCGAUCGUUCAAUGGCGGUAUACCCAUUACUUGGACAACCGGGUGGAAGAGGAUCAACGAGCUUGGUGCACGAAAAGACCCUCUAAGAGGUCUGCUGUUGAAUGCAACGAGCAACUAUAGCACUAAUUUUACUAAGAAAGAAAUGGUAGACUGCACCACCAGGACCACGAUCUUCAGGAAUGAGGAAAAUACUAGAGAGAGACAGACUGUUCGUAAUAUCAUGUUAAAAAUAAUUUAUUUCGUCAUUAAACUGUAAUUAUUAAUCAAUUUAUUGAGCCUCAGCUUAUCUACAAACUUGGUCCCUUAAUAUUAUCGGAGCACAUUAUAUUAAGAUGUCUAAUAAAACUAGUUAUUCUUCUAAGAGAUUUUGUAUAUCAUAUUUAUUCUCAUCAAGUGAUUCACUUUGAACAGAUAAUAUGAUAAGUAUUAUUAUCAGAGAUAUAUAUAUGUAUACAUAUAUCUAUAUGUGUAUAUAAAGAGACUAUUUCAUCACUUAUACAUGUGAUUUCAGUCAGUGUGAAGUUAACUAUCCAAGUGUUUACAGAUAGACAAGAUGAAGUUCUUACUACCUCUGUUGUUUUUGGCUCUGGCCGUGUUCUCUGAGGCCGCAGUCGUCCCAAAUGCUACCAGAAAUAACAUAAAUAUCGGUUAUGUUCGACCAGGAGACAGGUUACUGCAAAGAGCCUACGUGUACCAGCCACCUAGACCUAACACAAUUCAGUAUCAAGAUUACGUAUACCGCGGUUACUACAACACCCGGAUAUCAGCUAUAGUCGCAACCGAGAUCGGUGCAAGGCAGUUCGCUUCAGCCUGGAUCACACGUGGUGGGAUCGGAUACAACAAUGUGACGAUCAGAGUACAAUCGGCGAGAGGAUACGGAUACAAUUACGCCAUUGAUGUUUGGGGUCGAUAAACAAUUGACAAUAACCA